AUUGGUUGUUGAAGUAGUCGCGGGCUACUUGAACUGAUUGAACGUAACAGCUGAGCGUUUGUGCUCUGGUGUUAGCUAAAGGGUAACUGGUCGGUAAGGAAAGAUUUUUCGAACAAUGGCAUCUUGAAAACACAGUUCUCUAUAAACGUUACGCUCAGUCAUUAUUAUUUUUCUUUUUAAUGCUCGAAUGAUUCUUUUUCGAGCCGUGAUUCCGCUCGCUGCUGCUUUUUGUGAUACUGGUAACGUUAAGUUUCCUUAUUGGAGUCGUAGUUAAUGUUAGCCUCAUCUGGUGUCUGUACGUGACCUCGUAUUUAUUUAUUUUCCUCCCCACGCGUACAACGACGCGUAACCGCUUUCACAUCUGGUGAACAAGCGGCGACAGCCGAGGGAGGCUAGUUUGUUUGAAAGGAACCAUGUCAGCAGCAGCUAACAACGCGGCUAAUGAGCGACACAACCAGGAGAACAUGUUGUCCAGACUGAGGAGUAACGUGGCGCUUAAAGCCAGAGUUCCUCCAGCCGAAAACCAGGAGAACCUGCCCCCCAAAGCGACCACCAGAACCGUUCUGGGAGUCCUGCAGAACGUUCAACGGUGCAAGACCCAGAACCAGCGCGGCACUAAGCAGGAACUGCAAGGCCUCUGCUGUAAAAAUGAAGAGCCCACUAAAAGCGGUUAUGAAAAGGCUACGUCCAAGCAGCCACCUUUCCAAAUUCACAUUGACAAGCCAGAUGGUGCCGGCAGCAAGAAGCAAUCUGUGGCAGAAGCUGUUAAAGUGAAGCCUGCAGCUGAAGACUCUGCUGUGAAGGUCAGCAGUGCUGUGGCACGACUUCGACAGCCUCUUGCUACUAUCGAGAUGCCAUCUGUGAUGGAUGUUAGUUUUGACUCUCCCAUGGAUAUGUCUGUGGUUGAGUGUGAAGAGAAAACUGUUGAUGUAAAUGAGGCCCCAGAAUAUGCUGCUGAGAUCCAUUCCUAUCUAAGGGGUGUGGAGGUGAAAACUCGGCCUAAAACAGGUUAUAUGAAGAAGCAACCUGACAUCACAAACAGCAUGAGGGCUAUCCUGGUGGACUGGCUGGUUGAGGUUGGAGAAGAGUACAAGCUCCAAAAUGAGACUCUAUAUUUGGCUGUCAACUAUAUUGAUCGCUUCCUUUCAUCAAUGUCAGUCUUGAGAGGAAAGCUUCAGCUUGUUGGGACUGCUGCCAUGUUGCUUGCAUCGAAAUUUGAAGAAAUCUACCCUCCAGAAGUGGCAGAGUUUGUCUACAUUACAGAUGACACCUACACAAAGAAGCAGGUGUUGAAGAUGGAGCAUCUGGUGCUCAAAGUGCUGUCAUUUGAUCUGGCAGCACCAACAAUCAACCAGUUUCUGACUCAGUACUUCCUCACUCACUCAGUGAGCAAACAGGUUGAGAGCCUGGCAAUGUACCUAAGUGAGCUCAGUCUAGUGGAUUCAGAUCCCUUCUUGAAGUACCUGCCAUCUCAGAUGGCUGCUGCAGCAUUCAUCCUGGCAAACAAUACCACCACUGGUGGCUCAUGGCCUAUGUCAUUAUCAGAAAUGACUGGCUACUCCCUGGAGGACUUGAUGCCCUGCGUUGAGGAUCUGCACCAAGCCCAUCUGAACGCUCCUCAGCAUGCUCAGCAGUCUGUUCGGGAAAAGUACAAAAGCAGCAAAUACCAUGAGGUUUCCCUCAUCAAUGCCCCAACAAAACUGCUGCUGAAGUGAAUUGUUUAGAUGUCUUCCCACUUUUUUUUUUUUUUUUUUUUUUUAUAAAUGGUCAUCUCUCAAUUUUGAGAGCUGCUCUUGUUGGAGUGGGCAUUAAGUGGCUAGUUUUAAACUAUUUUUAUACUCAUGCCAAGUGCUAUAGUGACAAGUUGAAUAAUCAGGCAGAACAUGGUUUCAUGACAUGAGGCUUCUUUCAGUUCUUUCACCUUCCCCUGCACAGGUUGAGCAGAUGUUCUCAGUUAAUCUCUGCUGGUGUAACAUCUGAAUUACACAGCCUUUGGGGGAUGUAAAUUAAACUAAGAUGACUGCUUAAAUUGUCCCCUGCACUGUAAAAUAUGGCUCUUGUAAAUAAAACUUUUAAGAA